UGUUGACUUCCCACCUCCUUACAGAAGAACUGGCUGAUGUUCAGAAAAUUCAAAUUCACUUCCAUUGUGGUUACGCCCAUGUUGCUCAAGAGAAGUACGGUUGCACGAAAACAAUACUCUAAGUAGCCUCCUCAGCCUUCAGUGAAGAAAAAUGGCUAACCUGAUUGGCAGUGAAGUAUUGCAAGCCUUUUCUACCUAUGCCACAAUAGUUGUCCUGAAGAUGCUGCUUAUGGCCCCGUUGACGGGAUACACUCGCUUCACUAGAAAGGCCUUUGCCAACCCAGAGGACACUGCCCAUGGCAAGACACCUGAGGACAAGAAGAAGAUGCUUAGAGCUGAUCCUGAUGUGGAGCGAGUACGCAGGUGCCAUCAGAAUGACCUGGAGAACAUCAUUCCAUUUGUUAUUAUUGGACUUCUCUACGCUCUGACUGGACCAGAUCUCUCCACAGCACUUCUGCACUUCCGGGUCUUUGUAGGCUCUCGGUUCUGCCAUACUGUAGCCUAUGUGUUCACCCUCCCCCAGCCAAGCAGAGGGGCGUCUUGGAUGGUCGGUCUGAUUAGCACAUUAUCCAUGGCCUACAGGGUCCUCAGCACUGUGCUGGUGCUGUAAGGGAACUACUUUAUUUGUACUGCUUUCCAUUCAUAUAAGACCUGUACAUCAGUUAUUUUGCGCAUCUGCACUGAAACAGUAUAUUGUUUAUGUUGCAUGGAUCUUGUCUUGUUUGUGUCAAGGAUUGGCAUGUUGUUGCAGGAUAACUCCUGGAAUACAUUUUGAGCAGAUGUUCUCCCAUGAGUGUUCUAAAUAUUUGAUGUUGUCUCGUUGAGUGUAAUCCCCUGGUGUGAUCAGUCAUAUUGUGACUCAGCUGAAUGGGCCUGUGCUGUGGCUCAUCUGUGGUCUGUUUGUGUGACAUUAAAUCGCCACUGCCUUGCCACUGAUUCUCAUGCACAUUGUAGCCUACUUUGUGUGACCAAGACAUGGACCUGCCCAUAUUUGCCCAAAUAAAAUGUGGUUAUCUAA